GGUUUAGGAACGUAGUCUUGCAUUGCAUAUACUAUCACUACUACCUACUGCUCUACAUACAAAGCUGUUACAAACGCCAUCGUAAUCGUUCCGAAUCGUUCUUCAAGCCAUGACUACUCGUCGUGCGUGUACGUAAAAGAAAUUGUAAUAAGAGCACGUAAUUUGCUUGACAGACGUUGUAAUGAGAAUAGUGAAUUUCGUAAUUGCGCAUAUUAACAAAUAGUGUGCUGCACGUUCGACCUAGAUGACAAAAAGAUUUUGUACAUAUGGACAUUUGUAAUAGAUAACAAUGGAAGGUCCGUUGGAAAUAAAUUCUGAUACAGGUGUGGAAGAGCCUAUAAAAUCUGAAGCUUCGAUACAAAAUCCUGAUAACAAUGAGCGAAGCGAUAAUGCUGCUUCUCCACCUCCAAGUUGUAGCAUAUGUCUAGGGAACCUAGUUAAUACCUCUUUCACAGACAGUUGUUUGCAUCAAUUUUGCUUUAUUUGUCUACUGCAAUGGUCCAAAAUAAAAACAGAAUGUCCUUUGUGCAAACAAACAUUCAAAUCGAUCAUUCACAAUGUAAGAUCGGAGGAAGAUUACGAUCAGUAUCAUGUAAAUCGUGGAUUGGCACAAGUUCCACAAAACAUUACAUUACAAAUUCCACGAAGGCACUACUUUCAUCCUGCCAGUUGGAUAAGUUUAGUUAAUCGACCAAUUGCUUCUCGUCGACCUAUUGACAGAAAUUUCAGUGGGAUUGAGAAUAGCAGUUUGACAGUGCAGUUUGAUUCGGUACAAGAAGAAUUGCCCAUAUUGCGCAGUCAACCACCUCAAGUGCCUAGGGAAGAACGCAGACGUAGAAUUGACAAUCCUGAAGAAUAUCGUCGUAAUGUUUAUAGGCAUAAUUUAUGGGCUAGACCAGUACCUGACUUAUUUGGACGUUUUCGCGAAUGCAGCUAUACAUACUACAGGAGACAACCGGAAGAAUUAAGUCGCCUUGUGCUAUGGUUGGACAGAGAACUGAAAGUUUUACUCAAUGCAGAACAUCGUGUUCUGUAUGCAUUAAAUGUAAUACGGGAUGCCUUAACUCGAUAUGACAUUUUAAGUGCAGAAUUUCGAAAUAUUGUUCAUCCAUUUGUCAAUAUACACACAGAUCAUUUUCUGCACGAACUAUAUAAUUUUGCCAAAAGUAACUUCGAUUUAGUUGGAUAUGAUGAAUCUGUUAUGUAUUUCCCGAAUGCUUUGUCAAACGAAUAUGUAAGUCAUGUAAAUUCUCCAGCAACUAGCAGUACUAAUAAUAAUAGUAGCGGAAGUAGUAGCAGUACCACCAGCAGCAGUACUGAUGAUGACUCAGAUGUACGAAUAGUUGACGAGGCAAUCGAUUUAAGAGUGAAUACUGAAGGCCCAAGUACAGUAACAAAUCCCAUGCCUGGGCCUAGUAACACAGGACAGAACAGAGGAGAGACAUCAUAUUUCAAUGGACCUGAACUCUUGAUUGUUUCAUCAAGCUCAUCUGGAUCGGAUGAUGAGUGUGAAAUUAUCGGUUACGUGAAACCUCGGCAUGAGAGGACACCAGAAAUCAUAGAAUUACUCGACUCCGACUCCGACCAUUUAACUCCUCAACCUCCUCAACCUCCUCAACCUUCUAACGAGAAUGCAGAGUUAAUGUCAAAUGUAAAUAUGUCAGUAGAUAUGUCAGUAGCAAGUACGUCUUACACGAAAGAAGAAUCAGUUUUAUCGUCAGAUGAAACAACAAGUAGUGAUACUUUUUCCGACAGCGAUUACAAUCCGAGAGGAAAACGGAGACGACGAAACAGCACAAAAAAGUCAUCAGGAAGAAAAUUAAGUAAACAAACACAUAAAGAAUACAUGACAAGAAGUCGCAACAAACGAUCUAGGAAGAACUGCUCAUCUUAUUCGUGGAACGAUACCGAUAGUUCAUCCGAUAGUUCAUCGAAAACUAACAGAAAACGAUCAAGGAUAUCAAGAUACAAAGUACAGGCUAAAGAUACAAGACGAAUCAAGAGAAAAAAAGAUGAAAGCUAUUCCGAUAGGGAUUCGUCUAGCGAUGAAAGUACUACUAGCACAGAAAGUAAUAAUGAAAGAGAUAUUAGUAAAUAUAGACGACGUAGAUCGAAUACAAGAAAACAUUCCUCUAGUACAAAAAAUUAUACAGCGAAAAAUGAAAGAACAACGAGAAAUAAAGCUUUAAAUUCGGAGAAGUUGAAAUCUAAGAGUAAAGACUCAAAGUACAGCAAAAGCAGACAAUCAAGAUCCAGAAGUAGCAGUGUAUCGUCUAAUAUUUCUGAACGAUAUCAUAGACCGAGCUAUUUUGAAACGCGUCGAUUGUUUCGAGAGACGGGUGAGUGUAGAAGUCAAGAUGAUUGUGCCUCAAUAAGUAAAAGUGCAAGAAGCGAGCGUGCGUCUAAAUCAGCUAACCGAAAAUAUUCGUCGGAUCUAGAAGAUGAGCCAAGGACGAGCUCACAUUCAACCGAUCGAGCCCAUCUAUCCGCGUUUGAAUCCUAUUCGCGUUGGAGAAGAAUAAAAUGUAAAGACUAUCCUAGUUCCAGUGAAAGAACAUUUAAUUCUUCGCAAUGUAAUGGGGAUUCUUCGGCAAUGUCGGCGUCGGUAAUAAGUGACGUAUAUUCAGAUAAUAAGAACCACAGUUUAGGCUGUUACAAUUGUUACAAAGAAAAACAAACUUCAUCUAAAUCUUACAAAAGAUCGAAGCACAAUAAGUCUGAAAAUGAAAAAAGAUCAAGACCAAAGAAAAAAAGACAUAUUCUAUCUUCCUCCAGUUCCAAUUAAUGGUAAGAAAUUCGAUUAAUUAAUAAUGCAAAAAUUGUUGUCAUACAGAAGAGUGUGGAAGUUACACUACACUACCAUGCUUAGUCUUUUUGAUGAUUAUGCAGGUUUGCUGUAAUGUAUGUUCAAAAAAACCGAUAUUAAAUACCUUCACAUUUACUAGUUCUAGAACUCAAUAUCUUCUAUUAUAUGUUUCAUAUUUGGAUUUUGAUUAUAUUGUAUUAGCAUUGUAUUGUUUUAAUCCUUGAAACGUGUAUCAAUUAGUUUAGUAGCAAAGAUUUCUGUUAUAUACAUAGCUAUAUAUACAUAGUUUUAGAAAAGAAAUUCUGUACAAAGAGAAACACAAACAAUAUUUCUUGUGAAGUCUUCACUCGGAUAUGAUCCACAGUUAUGUAUAAAUUUUAUUGAAAAGAACUUAAAGUUGAAAAGAGUUCAAAGUUAUAUACGUCCAUUUGACUGUAAAAAUUCAGCCUGGUUCGUAUAUAAUUUAGAUGAUCUUAUUGUUAGUGGAUUUCUGUUAAGAGAGAGAGAACCUGAGGAUGUGUUUUGUGUUUCAUUCGGUUCUUCUAUCUAACGCAUCCAUAGUUGACGAUAAGAGAUCGUUUAAUUUAUAUAAGCGGUUUUUGUCAACAAAAUAUAUUUAACAGACAAAUCUAAAUUUAUUAUAUCGCAUCGUUGUGUUAUAUAUAAUAUUUUAUCAAUAUUACUAUGCAUGCUUACAAACAUCCCAAUUUUAAAUCCCUCCUCUCUAAGAAAUAAAUUAAAUUUUAAAUCAAUUGACUAAGUUCAUAAAAACACAAAGACAUUUAUACCCAAAAAGAACACAAAAAUGUAGUAUAGCGUAUAGAAUGUGGUUCUUGUGAAACUAAUUAUGUUGGUCAGACUAAACGACAAUUAAAAACGAGAAUCAGAGAACACUUAAAUAAUGUAAAAACAGAACAUAGAGAAACAUCUGUUUAAGCAGCACAUAGUAUAAAUACUAGACACAAUUUUAAAUGGGACUCUGUUAAAAUCUUAGACAAUGAACAUAACUACUACAAACGACUGACAUCACAGAAAUGUUAAAUAUAAAACUACAAUAUAAUCUUAACAUCAUACAAGCCAUUUUUACAUGACUCAUAUUUACCAUUAUUAGAUAAAAUUAAAACUGAUUCACACACAUACACAUACUGCUGACACAGAUGGAGCUCUCACAUAAACACUCACAUAUAUGCACACGAUCACUGAGUUCGACUUUCAGUCUUAGUGGACAGAAAACAUAUCUGCACAUUUUUAUUUUUUGACUAACACGUCUCAAAAUCACAGGCAUAUUUUUCUGUUAUAUAUAACGACAGUCGACUCAAGGUUUGUUUGUUCUAUCACAUUGAUUUUCAUUUUUUUUUUUUCAAUUGUUACAUACCUCAUUGUGUAUUUAUUAUAGUUUCUCUGACUGAAGAGGACUUAAAAAUAAAAUAAAGUUGAAACGUUUUACAAUUUUAAUCAGUAUUGAUAAUUUUUGCAUAACACCCAGCAAUCGAUUCGUAUUUGUCGUUAUAUUUCAAACAUUGUUGAAAUAAAUUAAUUUUAUUAAAAACUUUAUAUAUCUUGGCUAAUAUUUUGGUUCCUUUAAACUCUAUUUCUAAAACAAUGCAACAUCAAGAGUAACAUGUUUAUGUUAGAGAAUUCAAUGCUUAUUCUCUCUCUCUUUCUCUCCAACAUUUACAUCUAUCUUAUUGUUCAACUUGAGAUACAACCACAUAUACAUACUUAGAAGAGUGGAAUAUUCUGUGUGAGGUAAAAGAGAUGUUUACACUCAAACGUUGCAUCAUGUUGAACGAGGUUUACUUUGUAUGUGUGUGUGUGUGUGUGUGUGUGUGUGUGUGUGUGUGUGUUGUGUUGUAUUAAUUUAUAUUUAAAUAACUUAUAAAAAAAAAAGAAAUUACAUGGCAAACAUAAAAAAGUAAACUAAUUUGAUUUCUACAUAUAAGGCCCUGAACACAAUAGGCAAGAUAUUAGGAAUAGGAAUAAAUAUUAAAUAAGAAAUUUGAAUUAUUUCUUUAUAAAAUAAAAAAAUAGAAUAAAUUAAUGCAUAAGUUAAAAACUAAGAAUUUAGAAUAA